AUGGGACGCAUUCGGAAGAAAGAGUCGAAGCGGCAAUCCACCAAGCAGCGUGUCAAGGUUCAGAAGAAGGUCAAAGAGCAUCAACGGAAACAACGGCGCGAUGCUAAGCGGAACCCCCAAUGGAAAUCACGACGCCGUCAGGAUCCUGGCAUUCCGAAUAGUUUUCCCUACAAGGAGGAACUGUUGAACGAAAUCGAUGAAAAGCGUCGUUUAGCUGCCGAGGAGCGCAUGGCGCGACCGGACGUGCGCGAUGCCGAGGAGACAGACGAUAUGGACGACGAGGCGGAAGUCGAAGAGGCCGUGGAGGAGGCAGACGAGGCGCCGAUGCAUGUACCAUAUGCAGCCAUGCUGCGCUCCCCGCUGAACACUUUGGUCGCAAACCGCGACAAAGUCGAGGCGCUUGUGUUUGUGUUGGAUGCACGCGAUCCCUCCACGUUCCGUAGUGCAUGGCUGGAGCAAAGCAUGUCCAAAAAGAGCCCGGCGCUGGUCUAUGUCCUGAACAAAGCAGAUUUAGUACCUGCAGAAGUGCUUACCGCAUGGCUAUACCGACUGCUUGUGCAGGGUCAUGCUGCGUUCCCAGUUUGUGUGCCGUCUGCACAGUGGGAGGAGAGUCGGGGCAUCGAUGUCCUCGCAAACUUUUUGCAGCCCCUCGUCAAGGGUGCCGCUGUUGCUGUGCUGGGUUUGCAGCAUGUGGGAAAAUCGGCGGUAGCGACUGCACUGCAAGGCACGUUUGAGCAACGCGGUGGGCAGGAGCAAGUGUUUGAUACGCCUGCUCUAGUACCGUCGUCUUCGCCAUUGCCAGUGGACGACGACGAUGAAAGCGAAGAAGAAAGAGAAGAUCCUGCGCUGGCAUUGGCGCAGAUGGAAACGGCUCGAAACAAGCUGCGUUGGAUUCUUAUGCGGAACCAAGGGAAAAUGCAGCGUUUCAAGGACCCGUCCGCACUUGUGCGCGUAUUUUUGGAGCGCGCCGCCCACCCCGAGGAUCUCAUGCUAAAGUACAGUAUUCCCGCGUUUGGCUCUUUUGUUCCUGUUCCGGUGACGGCGUCGGAUGAUGCGCCUGUGGAAGAUGUUCUUCUCGAACAGUCUCGGCGUCUGGACGAAAAGGCACAGGCGGACACGCAACAGUUCUUGAUUAGUGUUGCACGUUCCGUGGGCCGUUUGAAGCGACAUGGCGUCCCUGAUGCGACGGGUGCUGCGCGCAUUUUGCUCCGCGACUGGUCACAGGACGGAUUUGGAUAUUACGCAAAACCACUCGAUAGCGCCAAAGCGGUCCAGGCCCAGGGCUCCAAGGCAGACAAGGCACGCUGGAGCGAGGCUGAGAAGAAGGUCGCACACCUUGCUGGUGUCGUGCUCCCCCGCAGGCAAUGGCGUGAACAGCGCUCCGCGCACGAGCUCCGCUUGACGCCCUUGGAGCACGGCCCAUUGGAAGAAGAGGCACUAUCGUUUGCGCCCCUCCCCGAGGACGAGGACGAGGCAGAGACGGAGGAGGAAGAUGUACCUGUAUAUGCCAGCGAUGACGAAGAAGAGGUGGAAGAGCUGAUCGAUGCGGACGACGAUAUAAAAGCUUCAGACAGCGACGAAGAAAUGGACGAGCCAGAGCCGCUCACUGCGAAACGCAAUGCCCGCGCAAAUGCACCCACCAAAGCAAAACCCAAGCCUGGCGAGGCCUACGAUCUGAACGCCUACUUUUAA